GCGAUUUUCCUUACUGAGGAGUUGGCAACACUGCGUGGGAGUACGCUACAGCACUUUUAGCAACCAAAAUGACGAAACGAGCUUGUCCUUUUCCGGAAACAUUUUCUUCCCAAUACAAAAUACACAUUGGGCAACAGGAGCUGAAUAAUUACGGCGUGUUUGGGAACAAAUACAGGCAAGAAAUAUACGAAAAGACGAAAAACCUACUCUUCAGCGGUGCCAAGGCAGUGAUGGGCAAAAUAUGGACCGGAGAGGAGAAGUCCGUAGAGCAUGAGCCCCCUGCAUGCAGCCAUACGCUUCUGAGGGGGCAGACACUGAUUGGACAUGAUGGCAGACUCACAAAAACAAGUGGUGCACAAGGUGCACCGGUGCCUGCUACACGUUGCUGUGUCUGUCAGAAGAGCCAGGGAUCCAGAACACGGUGCUCACAAUGUGAGCGCCAGGUGUGUUCCUCCUGUAGCCGGCAGUGCUCCGGGUGCUCCAGCCUCUGUUGCUCCGUUUGCACCAUCAUAGAUUACAGCGGACGAUAUGAUGAAGUACUGUGCUGCAGCUGCUCAACGUAAAGGGAAGACCGAAGGACAAACCAGAUGUUUAUAUAUGUAGUUGUCUCUUAUGAAAUAUUACUGAGACUGAAUUUUUAUACCUGAUGUUUUUAUGUGAUCCAGAUGUUUGUAAAUAUGUAUUUCAUUCUGAAAUUAACUGAAAUAAACUUCAACACUUUUGUAUACAG